UGGCGGUUGGCCCAUGGCUGCUGCUGUUUGCCUGUUCGGCCUAGUUUACCGUUUGUUUACCGUUGGAGCUGGAUCCGCGGCAGUAUCCAGGGCCCAGUGCUGAAUGUAUAUUCCACUGUCAGAGGUGUAAUACAGAGGAAGUACUGCAUUAUCAGGUACAGCAGAUCGUUGAAGGAUUGGCUAUUGCUGAGGUACAGUUGUUUUCUGUGGCAUUUUUUUAAAUGCAUGAAGAAUGGAUUUCUCGAAAUUCCUGGACGACAAUUUUGAUGUCAAGGACUGGGUGAAUGGGGCUUUCAAAACUGUUCAGGAGGAAGAACCUGGAAAGGUAGACAGUCAUGCUGCCACACUGGUAAUGAAACUGCAGUUGUUCAUUCAGGAGGUGAACAAUGCCAUUGAAGAGACUAGUCACCAAGCGCUACAGAACAUGCCUAGGGCACUCCGGGAUGUGGAAGCUCUGAAGCAAGAAGCUUCCUUUCUGAAGGAGCAAAUGAUCCUUGUCAAAGAAGAUAUUCGGAAAUUUGAACGGGACACAGCACAAUCCAUGCAGGUAUUGGUUGAGCUCGAUGAAGUGAAGUCCAGAAUGCAGGCAGCAUCUGAGGCAUUGCAGGAGGCCGACAAGUGGAGCACACUCAGUGCUGACAUUGAAGAAACACUGAAAUCUCAGGAUAUUGAGACUAUCUCGGCCAAACUCACAAGCAUGCAGAACAGUUUGGCCAUGCUGGUCGACACACCAGAUUAUUCAGAGAAAUGCGUUCACCUCGAAGCACUAAAGAAUCGAUUGGAAGCCAUGGCAAGCACACAAAUUGUAGCUGCAUUCAACUCUCAGUCUGUUGAUCAGGCCCGACUUUUUGUGAAAGUGUUUAUGGCAGUGGACCGAAUGCCCCAGCUCCUGACAUACUACUAUAAGUGCCACAAGAGUCAGUUGGUCUCUGUGUGGCAGGAACUAUGUCAGAGUGACCUCAGUUUGAAUCACCAACUAACAGAAUUCUAUGAUACUCUUCUGGCUACAUGGCACUCCCAGCUACAGUGGACUAGUCAGGUCUUCAGGAACCCCUGUGAGAUUGUUACCGUGCUGCAGAUCCAAACCCUGGGAGCUAUCGUUCCAUCAAUCCCUGUCUGCCUCAGCACAGCAAUAGAGAGAGCAAGCCAGGAGGACAAACUUAGCAUGCUGCUGGAUCUCCAUGACAGUACUGUUCACUUUGCUAAGAGCCUGGAGGCAGCAAUGCUUCCACACCUAGGUGAGACCAAUUUGGUGAAAGUUACAGAACUGAUUGCUGCCAUCCACAGCCCAUACCUGCCUUAUCAAUUGCAGUACGGUGACCUAGAGACAUCAAAUUUGCACAUUCAGAUCAGUGCCAUUCCACUGGAGUGUGGAGAACUGAUUGACUGUGUUCAGGAGCUUAAUCAGUCGGUGAAUAAACUCUUCAGCCUGGCCAGUGGGGCAGUGGACAGAUGUGUGAAAUUGACUGAUGGACUUGCAGCUUGUGGCCUACUCAAAGCACUGAAAGCUCUCUUCUCGAAAUACGUGUCUAACUUCGCCAGCACUUUGCAGUCAAUUCGCAAGAAAUGCAAACUGGAAGAAAUUUCCAAUGGAUCCUUGUUCCAGGAAGACUGGUCUGCAUUCCAAAAUUCCAUCAGAAUUAUUUCAACCUGCGGUGAGUUAUUGCGGCAGUGUGGAGACUAUGAACAGCAGCUGUCCAACAGGAUAUUAUCUACUGCAGGGAAGUAUUUGUCUGAGUCAUACAGUCCACAUAGUCUGGCUGGUAUACAAGAAACAAGCUUCCCUGACAAAAAAGCCUCGAUCAAAAAUCCAUGGCAGGAAUAUAAUUAUUUACUGAAGGCAAAUCCAAGUGAAUACGCCAGUCUGAUGGAAAUGCUUUAUAUGCUGAAGGAAAAGGGAACGGGGAACAAUAACUUGUUGGCAGAAGCUCGUGCAGCACUGACCCGGCUCAACCAGCAGGCACAUCAGCUUGCCUUUGACUCUGUGUUCCUCCGGAUCAAGCAGCAGCUUGCACAGGUGCCAAGGAUGGAGACCUGGAACACUGGAACCAUGGGAGAGACAUUAACUGACGAUCUCCCAACAUUUAGCCUUGCUCCUCUUGAAUACAUCAGCAAUAUUGGCCAGUACAUCAUGUCCUUGCCUCUGCACCUGGAGCCCUUUGUAACACAGGAGGAUCCAGCACUGGAGCUGGCACUGCAUUCUGGGAAACUUCCAUACCCUCCAGAGCAAGGGGAUGAGUUACCAGAGUUGGACAACAUGGCUGAUUAUUGGCUGGGCUCCAUUGCCAGGGCAACAAUGCAUACUUACUGUGAAUCCAUUCUACAGAUCCCAGAGCUUACACCACACGCAACCAAACAACUUGCCACAGAUAUUGAUUAUCUGAGCAACGUCAUGGAUGCUCUUGGCUUACAGCCAUCCCGCACUCUGCAACACACUGUGACUGUCCUAAAAGUAAAGCCCGAAGACUUUAGGCAAGCAGCGAAGGGCCUGCCCCGGAGACUGACCAGUGCAAUUGCAACCAUGAGGAAUAUCCAUUGCUGACCAAUCUUACUGUUCACAAAACAAAAUCUGUUUCUGAUGGUUGAAGGCUGCCUUAAUUCUGAUUGGCUCUUGAACCAGUAGCUGAGUGUGUUCCGUUCUCCUAUUAAGAGCAAUAACUUCAUACUUAGGAUGCGCUGUUUUAGAAUAAUUUAAGUAAGAAUCUUCUGCUGGAUUUAGGUUCAGAAUGCAUGUCCCAGGUUUGGUCCUGACUUAAGGUAAAUAAACUGAGAUUGGUGAUUUGAAUGCUGCAAGUAGCUCAGUAACACCAUGCUAUUGAGUGAGAAAUUAACUGAGUCCCUUACCACCCACCACCACCACUUUGGUUACUUUCCAGAAUCCUCCUCCCCAGGAAACCAUAGAUACCUGCCCCAGUCCUGGGAGAAUGGGAUCAGGACUGACUUGGUGGUCUGCUGAUGCUCUGCUUUCAGCCCUCAUAAUUAUAAAUGAUCUGUUGACGUGCCCAGCACCACACCAAGUUAAAUCCUCCUGGAACAGAUGCAGGACGAGAGGAAAUACCUGGAUAUUGAAUGUAUGUCCUGGCGAGGAGGUUAUUUUGGUAAUUGAGUAUGGCAUCAUGUUAAGAUGCUGCCUUAAACAGGAAUGCUGCCUCCUCCCAGCCUGAGUCACCUUGCUCAUUAAGAAUUGCUUCAGAGCAGAGACAAACAAAGAAAUUACAGUGGUCCUUGUCAUGGUCCGCUGCCUUCCCAUCUAGGCUGGUUACUCGGCUGUUUUCACCAGGCAGUACAGGAAGAUUCCAUACCCUCAAUGCAGCAGCACGCCUAUAUGGCAAUGUGAGGAGUUACAUGCAGUGUUCAAGUGUUAGUCGAAAUUGUUCGUGGUUGAUGUUUGUGAUCAUAUAGGGGUGGAAGCCCUGCAUUUUAUUUUAACAUUUUAUGUUCGCGUCAAGAAGAUGAAUGUCAUUUGUUGAAAUGAAUGGUAUAGGGUUGUAUUGUUAGAAUAGGUUAGUAUAAUUGACCAUUGGUUUCAAUGCUUCCUUCAACUUCUGGCAUAAAGUAUAAGAGAUCUUGUUUGUCAGUUGUCAUUACUCAUUUGUAACCUGUGAGUGCAUGCCUGGCUCUUGUACCCGCACACUUUUGUGCAUACUCUCUCACUUAAUUCCAUCUUCCUUGUUCCCUUGUUGGCUCACUGACUGUCUCCUCCCUCAUUUAUUCACAUUAACAACAAAAUUGCUUUGCCUCCCUAACUCACAUUCAUUCCCACUCUUUGCCUCUCCCUCACACAAGCUUUGUUUCCUUUACUCCCAGUGGUUAGAGAAUGGCACCUGAGAUAAGGCUGCAUCAUUUUACAAUAUUCUUACAUUGUAUUUUUUCAUCUCUUGUCUGUUGUGUGUUCUGUGAGUGUUUGUUAGGACAGUGUAGAAGGGCCUGCUGUUAGAUAGUCAUUGCAAGAAAUGAAGGCUGUACCUCUGUUUUGUACCUUUUUAUUUAACCUUCACCAGAUUUUCUUUCCCACCUGUCAUAACGUGUUGUGUCUUUACUGGUAUAAAUGCCUGAUGGGUUCCAGUCUUUGGCCUGUUGCCUGAUUCUGGACAGUCUGUGGCAAAAGCCUGUGCAGCAGUUCCCAAACAACAUCCACGUGUAGAUAUUCUACAGAGGCAACUGGAGAGUGUUCAGGACCUGGAAGCUAGUUGAUCCUCUGUCCAUCCGCAGUUAACUGUUUGUAUGUGGUGAUGACCAUGUAAGCUGCUGCUUAUUGAGUAACCCAGGAAAUAGUCUCACUCUCAGUAACUGAAUAAUGAAUACCUUUUUCCUCUAAUUCAUUUCUCUGUUAACCUGCAGAGAAUAAUGCUGCAGAGAAUUAUGUGAUUUGGCCUAUUGCACAAGCUCCAAGAAAUAGCGAUUUCUAAUUAUUUACACUCCCAUGCUCUUACCCAAAGCCUUGGAAAAUUUCUUUUUUAUGCACUAGAUUAAUUCCACUUUUAAAUGUUAACAACAUUUCUGCUGUCACUGUCCUUACAAGCUAUGCAUUCCAGAUCAAGCUCACACUGUACAAAACAAUACUCAUCUCCCUCAGGUUCUUUGGCCAGUUAUCUUAUUCUUAAAUUUGUUUCCUCUGGUAACUAACCCUUCUGUCAGUAGAGCUGAUUGUAAAUACAUUGGAUAGCCUACUCACCUUCAAAUCCAGCUUGGCUGCAAACAGUUCUUCAGAGCCUUGCAGGCAGGGUUUUUAGUCAAAAUGACUCUUUGAGUGACUGAUAAGCAAUCCUAAAUAAUAGAGUGGGUGGGCCUCUAUACACAUUAUAAUUUACACCUUUCCUCCUCUUGCAUGGCCCCACUGUCAGUUCACAGACACAGAACCAUCACACAGCUGCUGCAAAUGCUUUGUGUCUGAGUCCUGGCCAGAUAGAUCCUGGUCACAUCUGUACUCUGUCUACUUCAGUGCAGUUCACUUAUUUAAGUGUUUGUUUAUGAUAGUUUUCCUUCUGCCUCUGCUUGAGGGCAGGGAGGACAAGUUUUCAUUUUUUUUAAAGUAAUCAUCUCCUUCAGGUUGAACAAUAAUAGCAAAAGAGAAAUUUGGAACUGCAAAGACAGAUAAAUACUUUGCCUUAACAGUCAGAAGAGUUGCAGUUAUCCAACAUAAUUUCAUUACCUAACUAGUGUCACCAUAGUAACAAUGGGCUAAAUUAGUACCCCCUGCACAGCAAAUCCUAUGAUUACUCUUAAUUUAUUCUCAGGAUGUGAUGUCUCUCUAACAAAGCCAGCAUUUCAUGCCCAUCUUGAGAGGGUAAUUCGAUGUAACUAAGACACCUUUGUCCUCUGUUCCGAACCCACGUUGUACCGGUCCUGUGGUGUGUCAAAUGGGAGAAAAGGGGAGUCAUACUUGAAUCUAAAUUGGACUUAAUUUUGAAAGUUUGCUGGUUUUGUAUGCUGCACAUGACAAUUGCCCUACUUCCCAGCAGCAAUUAAGUUCAUUUUUUAAAAGACUGAAUGAAAGACAAAUAAUUUUAUUCUGUCUGAGAGUGUGGUAAAAGCAGGUUCAAUCAAAACAAAUUCAAAUUCAAAAGGAAUUUGGACUAUCAUUAUAAAAGAAAUGGAAUGCAGGGUUAAGAAGUGAAGACAGAAGAACGGUGGUAAGUGAAAUGCUUAUUUGGAGAGCUGUUGCAAACAAGAUGGGUUGAAUGGCACUGUCUAGUAAUUUUGUAUUUGAAUUUUCAGGAUUUUAGUUGAUGUUAUCUGCUCCCUGGCCUUUGCUCCAAACAAACUCUUGUCAUUACUUCUUUCUGCCCUGUUCCAGAUCAGAACAUUCACAAUCAUUGUUCUGUUGCAAUAUCAUUGGCAUUCUGUAUUUUUUCCAUAAAUAUCAAGAAAGAAAACCAUUAAAUUAUUAAUCAA